AUGACCAAUGGGUCCAAUGCAUACAUAAGAUUAGUGUGGUUCACGGGUCAAGAUUGCAUGGACAAUCAAGACCCAACUCUUCCAAUAUCAUACCAUCAUCACUACAUAUUCGCAGUAAUGAAUAUGAAUGAAUCAAAACACUCUAUCCUUGCAUCUAUGUUUUCUGUCCUCCUUUUCUUUUCCGUGAGACCACUCUAUUCAAUCUCUUGCCCUGAAACUGAAACACAAUCACUUUUAAGCUUCAAGCAAUCUCUACAGGACCCCUUUAAGUUGUUGUCUUCUUGGGAUUCCAAAGUUGAUUGUUGCUUGUGGAAAUGUGUUGUCUGCAGCAACAUAACUGGCCAUGUUCUUGAUCUUCAAGAUAACAGUUUAGGUGGGAAAUUAAGCUCAUCUUUGCUCGACUUGAAGCAUUUGAAAUAUCUUGACCUGAGUUAUAACAACUUUCAUGAAAAGAUACCUUCUUUCACUGGAUCACUCACAAGCCUCGUGUACUUGGAUCUAUCAUUCGCUGGAUUUCAUGGAAAGAUUCCCCACAAUAUUGGAAAUCUUUCAAAUUUGCGCGGUCUAAGUUUGGGUACUUCAGAACAAGAUAGUCUUGAAUGGUUGUCAGGACUUCCUAAACUAAAGCACCUCAACAUGGAUGGUGUGAACCUCAGCAAAGCAAUCAACUGGGCACAACAGAUUUGUAAUCUUAAUUUGAUGGCUCCUCUGAAUGAUGUUAAAAUCAGCCGUUCUGAUUUAGCCACUCUUGAUCUCUCCUGGAAUUCCCUGCCUUAUGCCAUCAUCCCUCCGUGGAUUUUUCAACUCACCAACCUUAUCUAUCUUGAUAUGUUUUUCAACUCAUUCCACGGUCGAAUUCCAACAAUGAGCAACACCACAAAACUCCAACACAUUGAUCUCUCCUCAAACAAUUUGAAUUCAAGCAUUCCACAGUGGCUCUACUCCUGCAAACACCUCCAGUUCCUCGAUUUAAGUCAAAAUGAACUUUCUGGAAAAAUACCAAGAGAUAUUGCAAACCUGUGCAAUAUACAGACCUUAAAUUUAUGGGGUAAUAAUUUGGGAGGAGAGAUAUGGGAUUCAUUUGGAAACAUGUCGGAUUGUUUCUUAGGAUCUUUGAUAUCUUUAGAUUUGUCAGGCAAUCAAAUCUCCGGUCAUCUGCCUCAUCAAUUUGGAGAAUUUAGGAGUCUCCAAACCCUUGAUCUUAGUAACAACUCAUUGUCCAGUGUAAUUCCAGAAAUAGGGAACUUGCUUUUCCUUGAAGGGUUAUUCUUGGGUGAUAAUAAAUUGAUGGGGAACUUACCAGAGACCUUUGGAAACCACUUGAGUUUGAAAGUCAACCCCAAUUGGAUUCCACCAUUCAAACUAGAGACGCUUCGUCUACGGUCUUGGGACAUGGGAUCUCGAAUCCCGUUAUGGCUUGAGACUCAGAAAGAGAGUAUCUUCCAACUUGAUUUAUCGUGUACUGGAAUCUAUGGAAACAUUCCCAGCUGGUUAUGGAGUUUGAGUUUGGGAUAUCUCAACCUUUCGCAUAACCAACUCGACGGAAAUAUUUUAUCCAUUGGUGAUCGUGGACGUUAUUAUAAUUUUUCCUCAUUUUUUGGCUUGAGUUCCAACAGGUUUAGUGGUCCGCUGCCUCAAGUAAUGGCGAGUCCAUUAUUCUUGGAACUAGAUCUCUCCAAUAACUCAUUCUCGGGAGGUUUGUCAGAAUUUCUCUGCAGCACAUCAACCAAUAAGGGAUUGCAAAUUCUUAAUCUCGCGGAAAACCACCUGUCUGGUGAGUUACCCGAUUGUUUCGUGAAAUGGCAAUCCUUGAGAGCAUUGAACUUAGGCAACAAUGAAUUAUCUGGAAGAAUACCGGAUUCCAUAGGAUUUCUAACAGUUUUAGAGUCCUUGAAUCUAUACGGCAACAAUUUCUCUGGCCACGUACCUCUUCACUGCAAAACUGCACAGAACUAA